UAGUCACAGAUUGAAAACCUUAUUUCAUGUUGUGAUUUCUUAGUUUUGAAUCAACAUUUAGAACAUCAACUUGUCUUGAUGCCAUCUGCACCAUUGUAAUAUCAAUGGUUGAAGGAUUAAAGCUUUUCUCAAGACUCAAUUGUUUGUUCAAUAUUCUUGGUGGUGUACAAAACUUUAACUCAUUAUUUAUUGUUUUACAAAUAAAUUUGACCCUUUCAUUAAGCAAAUGCCCCAUCUUCAUCCGAUAUUUUUGUAACAUUGUCAAACAGAAAUAUCAAUGGAAGUGAGGCCACUUCAUUAGAGGCCUAUAACUUUUCCAGCUUUAACAAGCAGUUUAACAAGAAGAAGAUGAUGCAUAUUGUCAUAUUGAUAUAGCAGUUUCUAUAAUCCUGUUCAUUUCUUAUUAUUUAUCUUUAUGUGGAUAAUAUGUGAUAAUUGGUAUGAUUUGUUUUUGGGGAAAAGUAUUGCUACCUUUUUUGGUAUUGAACCUGAAAUAUUUUCUGGUUUUGUUUUAAAGGAAUAUCAAGAUUGUUCAACUAUGUAAAUUAUUGGACUUUGUUUUAUGAUUUGCUGUUUUCGGCGUAUAUAUAAGAGUUAGCUAAGGAGCGAUGGUGCUGACUCGCCAAGAAUUGAAUAUGAAGGUGACUCAAAAAUUCUUUCAGGUUCAAAUGUUUGAAUUUUAGGCAUGGCGUUCUAUUUGCAUCCCUGCCGAGGGUCUAUUGGAAACAACUUCUUUACCUUCAUGAAGUAGAAUUUCUGGCUACGCUAAUGCAUGGAGCUUACUAGCAAAGAAUUGACCGCGGAAGGAGAGGAUGAAGGAGAGGAAACGGAUAGAGAACUUACACAACACAAUCAUAUUCAGGAAAAUUCCUACAUUUGCUCAAGUUUUUCGGGUGGUGUAAGACAAAAAGCGUAUAUGUUUGAUGGAGAAGGGAAUUAUUUUGACAAGGAAUGGGAUUUAUCAGAAGGAAGAGGCAAAGAAUUUUGCUGGUAUCAUGUUGAGCUUCCAAAAUGGAACCAAAAACUCUCACAAUCUGCACAGUAUCUUAUAGAUGUACUUUGCCCACCUUUGAAUCUCCAAGACAUUCUAUCACUAGUUAGCAAUGGACCCUUUUGCGCGCAUGUUAAUGGCGCUCUAGUUUUUCGGGUUAAUUCACCUGGCCCUGCAUCUAGCAACUUUACAUUUCGAAUCGCUGCAAGAGUUACUGAGAAUUUGGUCAUCACUGUGUCAUUAGGCCGUAUUCCAAGAUUGUGUUUCUCCCCUGGAAAUGAGUCUCUUUUAUCGGAGAUUCCUAUAGUCGAAAGUCCAAAUUAUGAUCCUCUUGAACAAAAGGAAAGGGGUGGGAUUGUUAUCAAGGAACAUGUUCUUGAUUUUCUAUUGAUGAUGAAUCAUUUUAAGGAGGCUGAUAAUCCGGUCCCUAAAUCCCUGUCAAAUCUUGUCGUUCAUAUUAUAGACACGCAUGUUGAUCACCUUCAAGAUAUUGUAACUAAGCUGGAAAUUGAGUUGGAUUCUGUUGAACUGGAAUUAGACAAAGGUGGUUUUGCUUUAAAGCAACAAAUGUUGGAUGACAGACGAUUCCCAAAGGUGCAUCUUGACUCGCAGCGCCUCCUCCAGGUGAUUGCAUAUGGGGAGCAAGUAAUUCCAAGAGUGAAGGAGAAGUGUUCUUCAAAAGAUUGGUUUGCUAGUGAUGAUCUUAACAUCCUUGAAGAGAUAAUUGGUCAACUGAGAAGUUUAAAAGAGAAUGUUGGGUUUAUAGCAAAUAGAGUUACAGGAAUACAGACUGGUCUUGAAAGUUGGCAAGCUGACCAAAUAACUAGAAAACUAUACUACCUUUCUUUCCUCUCCAUCAUGUUUCUCCCCUUGUCAGUAGUAACUGGAGUGUUUGGGAUGAAUGUGGGAGGAGUUCCUUGGACAAACCAAAAUGAACCUGAGCUGAAGGAGGGGUUCCACAAUGUAAUGUUGCUAUGUGUGGCUCUAAUACUGUUGGUCCUCUUGUGCUUCCUUUUCCCAGUUUUUUAUGCUUCUUUUGUGACUUGGAAGAGAAGAAGAGACAUGAAAAGAAGUUGGUCUCUCAACCAAAAAUCCUUCCUUAGAAGAACUACAAGUAGUAGUAGGGAAAGAAAUGAUAAGGGAGGUUACCAGCAGUUGUAUUGAAAAGGGAUAGGAAACAAAUUGCCGUUACUCUCUCCAAAAGGUAACGGAAGCAAGCAAAGGUUAUCUCAAGCGGGACGGAAGUUGGCCUUCAAGUGCAAAAGCGGGAGUUUGACUGCAAAACCCAUCAAUCGAGCAAGGGCGAGAGUCGGCAAAUCAAUGUUCUAUUAAUUUCUUUCAUUUAGUUUUAGAUAUUAGAUUGAUGAAUAGGUCCAAUAAAACACUUAAAAGUAUGCUUGUUUCAGUAUAUUUCGAAAUUGUAAAACUUGUAUUAGCAAAGUUCUGCCUAUCAAGUUAGUUAAUUAGUUAGAGAUUGAUGUUAGACCAUUAUUAUUAGUAGGGGUGUACAGGGACCGGGUUGGUUCGAUUUUUAUCAAAAUCAAACCAAAUCAAUUA